AUGGAUCGCGACCAAUUCAAAACAGCAGCUCACUCAGCCAUCGAUGACAUCCUCAAUUACUUCGAUACCGUCCCAGACCGAAGAGUCCUCCCAGCCAUUGAACCAGGCUACCUCCGCCCUUUAAUCCCCGAAAACCCCCCAAACGAACCAGAAUCCUGGGCACAAAUCCAAGAAGAUGUCGACACAAAAAUCAAGCCCGGCCUCACACAUUGGCAAUCUCCCAAUUUCAUGGCCUACUACCCAGCCAGCGUGACAUACCCCAGCAUCCUAGGCGAAAUGUACUCCGCAACAUUCACGGCCCCGGCCUUCAAUUGGCUCUGUUCACCGGCAUGCACAGAGAUGGAAACUAUCGUCAUGGACUGGGUUGCCAAGGCACUCGCACUUCCAGAAUGUUUCCUCAGUACAUCGGAAACCCACGGCGGAGGCGUGAUCCAGAACAGUGCCAGUGAUGCCAUUGCGACGAUUAUCGUUGCUGCGCGAGAGAGGCGCGUUCGCGAGAUUCUCCUCGAUGAGGGACUCAAGGAAGAUACACCCGAGUAUGAGGAUCGGAAAUUCGACGUUCAGGGUAAACUGGUUGCUAUUGCUAGUGAUCAGACGCACAGUAGUGGUGCCAAGGGUGCGCUGAUUGCUGGUACACGCUUCCGCAGUGUGACUUCCAGACUCGAGGAUAAUAUGGAAAUGACCGGUCCCCGGCUCCGCGAGGUGCUGGAGAAAGCCGAUCGCGAUGGUCUCAUCCCGUACCAUCUCACUAUGACUUUUGGAACGACGAAUUCUUGUAGCGUGGAUCGGUUCGCGGAGAUCAAGGCUGUUUUGCAGGAAAAGCCUGCGUGGCAGCGCAUCUGGGUGCAUGUUGACGCGGCUUAUGCCGGUGCUGCCCUAGUUGCCGAUGAGUGGCAGUAUAUUACGAAGGACUUUGCAGAGGGCGUUGAUAGUUUCAACAUGAAUAUGCACAAAUGGCUUCUGGUGAACUUUGAUGCUAGCGUUCUCUACGUCCGGAAUCGUCUGGACCUGACCAAUGCAUUGGACAUCACACCCGUGUAUCUGCGCAACCCUUACUCGGAUUUGGGAACCGUGAUUGACUAUCGGAAUUGGUCCAUUUCACUCGGUCGCAGAUUCCGCGCAUUGAAGAUUUGGUUCGUGAUGCGGAGCUACGGCCUCAGCGGCAUGAAAGCGCACAUCCGAAAGACCAUCGGUUUCGGUGAUCUCUUCGCGGACUUGGUGCGCGGUCGAUCUGAUCUGUUUGAGAUUGUCACGAAACCGGGCUUCGCCUUGACUGUAUUUCGCCUGAAGAAUCCCCAAGCUUCAUCCAACGGCACUAGUGGAUCUUCUGACCGUGUUUCCAAAGAUGAGGUCGCUGACAAGUUGACCAAAACUGUCUACGAGCUGAUCAAUUCUCGGGGCGAGAUCUUCAUUACUUCUACGAUCAUUGACGGUGUCUAUGUUAUUCGGGUGAUCAGUGCUAACCCUCUUGCUGAAGAGAAGUAUAUCCGCAAUGCGUUUGAUAUUGUGGUCCGGACCUCCGAAGAGGUGCUGAAAGAACAGAAGUAA